AUGAAGGAGAACAGCUUUCCACAGGGAGAAGAAGGGCAGUGUGGUGGCACUGGCUUUGAGAUUUGGAAGCCACAUGUGGUGAGUGAAUUUAUUCUCCUUGGCCUAUCCAGUGACUGGGAUAUUCAAGUCUCACUCUUUGUCCUGUUCUUGAUCAUGUACCUGGUGACAGUGCUGGGGAACUUCCUCAUUGUUCUUCUGAUCAGACUUGAUGGCAGACUCCACACUCCCAUACUCCAUUCACCCAUGUACUUUUUCCUUAGUGUCCUGUCACUUGUGGACAUCUAUUAUACCAACAGCACUGUCCCACAGAUGUUCAUAGACUUCCUAUCCUCCUGGAAGUCCAUCUCAUUCCAUGGCUGUGUGCUCCAGCUCUAUGUCUCCUUAGCAAUGGGUAGAACAGAGUUCUUCCUGCUGGGGACCAUUGCCUAUGACUGCUAUGUGGCAGUGUGCCACCCACUGCACUACACACUCAUCAUGAAUGGAGGGCUGUGCCUUGGCCUGGCUGCUGGCUGCCUGGUGGCUGGUUUCAUGAAUUCACUGAUGCAGACCAUCAUCAUCUUCCAGUUACCCUUGUGUCAUAACAUCAUUAAUUACUUUGCCUGCGAGAUGCUGGCUGUACUGAGGCUGGCCUGUGCAGACAUCUCCUUCAACAUGAUCAUGGUGGCCAUCUCAGGGUUUCUGGUGAUCAUGCCACCCUGCUUUCUUGUCUUGUUCUCUUAUGCUUGUGUAGUCCCCACCAUUCUGCACAUUUGCUUCUCUCAGGGAUGCCUCAAAGCCUUUGGGAUAUGUACCUCCCACCUCUCUGUGGCAUCCAUGUGCUUUGGAACAGCCUUCUCUUCAUAUAUGAGGCCUGUCAGUGGUUCCUCCACAGAACAAGAGAAGACGGUUGCCUUCUUCUAUGCCAUAGUGACCCCAAUACUUGAUCCCUUAAUCUACAGUUUGAGGGACAAGGAUGUGAUUGGUGCCUUACAAAAAGUACUGGGAAAAUUUAGUCAAAAGGGAUAA